AUGUCGGAGACCAAAGCUUUGUGGGCACCAGUCAAGUGGGCACAGCGCAAGGAUGCAUUGUACGUAACUGUGGAUCUCCCGGAUGUUAAGGACGAAAAGGUUUCACUUAACAGCAAGAAUCUCACUUUUAAGGGUACUAGCAACGGCAAAGUUUAUGAGGUGACACUAGACUUUUUUAAAGAAGUGGAUGCUGAGGCUAAAGACAGUAUCUGGGCCAAGACGGACCGUAAUUUGCACUUUCACAUUGUCAAGAAGAACCAGGACGAAGAAUUUUGGCCACGUCUAUUGGUUGACAAGAACUUGGAAAAGACGAAUGUAAAAGUGGAUUGGACCAAAUUCGUGGACGAAGAUGAAGAUGAAGAACCAAGUGGCUUUGACAUGAGCGCGCUGAAUGGCGGGGGCGGUUUUGAUAUGAACGAAAUGAUGGCGGCACAGAAUGGAGCAGGAAUGAUGGACGAUGGCAGUGACAGUGACGAUGAAGAUAUGCCGGAUCUUGACCCGAACGACAAAUAG